AUGCUGCUAUCGCAGCAGCCGAAGGAACAGCAGCAGCUGGUGAUUGAUGGAAAUGACAGCGUGCAGGUGCUAGUCUCCGUGCCGUCGAUUUGCGGAACAACGCUGACCAACCCUACGGACCUGCGGCUGUACCUCCAUCAAUUGGAUGAGACCGGUGGCGCCGGCCUGCUGCCCCCAGCUGUUCUACGCGUGCUGCGUUCCAAGGCUUGCCGCACCGCAAUCAUGUUCGGCGACCACCUGACACCGGAACAGUGCACCAUGCUGGUGGCGCAACUGCGCGACACGCGCUUAUGGACGCAAUGCGCACACGGGCGCCCGACAGUGGUGCCGCUCGUUGACCUUCCGACGCUGCACGCUGUACUGGCCCGCCGACGCGGCGCUGUGCAGUUCGGCGGCAUGACACGCAACCCUGGAGGAAGGAACGGCAGCACUCGGAGGCGCCUUAAUGCUGAAGCUCUGCGGGUAGCAAUCCAGCGGGACGGAAGAAACAACGAGUCCUCACGGCGAUGGCAGCGCGACGAUGCUGCUGACGCCAGCAGCGCCAUGGAGCAAUAG